AUGGCUUCCUUCGGAUGGAAGAGAAAAAUUGGUGAGAAAGUCUCAAAGGUCACUUCCCAGCAGUUUGAGGCUGAAGCCGCCGAUGAAAAGGAUGCAGCUGAGAGUGAAGAAGGGAACGGGCUUCACGCCACCAAACGCAGGAAAGAAAGUCUCCUGGAAGGCUGUGCCAGGAGAAGCAAGCAGCUGAAGGAUGAGGGAGCCAGCCUGGCCGAAAAUAAAAGAUAUCGAGAGGCCAUUCAGAAGUGGGAUGAAGCACUACAGUUAACCCCAGAAGAUGCCACCCUGUAUGAGAUGAAGUCACAGGUCUUAAUGUCACUUCAUGAAAUGUUCCCUGCAGUUCAUGCAGCAGAAAUGGCUGUGCAGAGAAAUCCACAUUCGUGGGAGUCGUGGCAAACUCUGGGGCGUGCUCAGCUUGGAUUAGGAGAGAUAGUCUUGGCAAUUCGAAGUUUUCAAGUAGCCCUUCAUAUCUACCCAAUGAACCCUGAGAUAUGGAAGGAAGACCUUUCUUGGGCAAGAAAGCUCCAGGAGCAGCAAAAGGCAGCACAGAGGAUGAAAAACAACAACGCACCGGCGGAAGUCACACAUGUCUCGCCCAAGUCCAUUCCCGACUAUGACUUUGAAAGUGAUGAGAUUGUCGCUGUUUGUGCAGCUAUUGCUGAAAAACAAAAGCCAGUUUCAGAUAACAAAACAAUGGUUAUUGUGUCAGCUUCUGGGACCGUGGAGACUGUGAGUGAGAAGGAAGAUGGGGCCACAGCCCCAGAUGGCUCCGUUUUUAUCAAAGCCCGAUGA